AUGGACUCGACAUCAUUCUCAUCGAAGACUAUGGUGGAGACCACAAGCACUGCUUCUGAGACACAAACUACAUCCUCUAUCAAUUCGAAAGACAGCAUUGUAUCGACAGGUCCAGAAUCCAGCUCCACAACCGCCAAGACAGGAACAACAAGCAGUUCAGACAACGAGUCAAAGUCUGCGUCGUCGACAAACUCAGAACGCAGUGCUGACGCAACUUCAUCAAGCACAGGCCGUCGAGGGAAAGAGGGUCCGGCCAUCACCGAUACGACUUCUGGAUCCGAGAUCACGUCGUUCACGUUAAGUACCAGCCGCGAUCGGUUCAAAUUGCCUGUUAUCACCAGCGAAUUCACAACAACCAUCACCAAACCUGGUUCCACCACCACAUACACCAACGAGGUCACCAUCCAUGUGCCUUCGACCUUCACGUCAACCGGAAAAACAACGAUACCCGGAACCCAAGGCGUAACAACGUACACCGACGUCCGCACAACUAGCGUACCGCGCACCAUCACAAGAUCGGGCGUGACGAGCUUCGCCCACGUGACAAUAAUACCAGUCAAACCAACGAUGACUAGUAUCCAAACCAUUAACGACGAGAAGACCGUAUCGGAAGUCGUGGAGACCUCGUUUGAGCCCACAGAAAUCACGUACACCUCGACGUCCGCUUUUACCGUGCCACCACGCACAAGCGAUGUUACUUCCGUCAUCGUCAGUGCCGUGCCGUCAACGGUCGCAUCCGUCGUCACAAGUACAAGCCCUCCUCAGGUCUAUGUGUCAGUGGGAACCACCGAGAUUACCAAGUUCAUCACCGCCCCAGGUGGGAACCGAGGCAACGAGCCGCAGACCCAGCCUCCAGUCUUUCAGGUCAUUACCAGCGUCUACGACGGAAAGGUCGAAACAUUUGUGGACAAGGGCACUCCUCAAACCAUGGUGAAGAGCGAUGGUGGAGUGUACACAGUCGCCUUUACGCCGCCCCUACAGACGAUUGUUACACAUGAGGGAGGCCAGGCGACCCAGAUGGUUAUCACAGUGACGCCUUCUCCAGAGGUAGCCUUCGUCGCCGUCCCAACAACGAAGGAUGGGGCCGGCGCAUUCAAAGAGAUGGCCACCACGAUUAACGGAAAGGCGACCGUCGUCGACGUUCCUGUCACUCAAGAACCAGUACUACUGGCUGUACAGACCAUAAUCGAUGGCACACCGACCGUUCUGUGGAUCAAUUCUGUGCCAACAGCAGGCUUCAGUCCCAUUUCAUUGACCCUGGUGUCGGAGAUUGGCGGCAUUACCGGUGUAUUCACGACGAUAGAUCCUCUAGAGACUACCAAGACAACGAUAGACGACAGCCCUGAUCGAGUCAUAACCGAAAUCGAAAAGUUUGGUUUCACAAAUGGUGACUACUUCGUCGGGAAGUUCCUCCCGAUCAUCCUUGCAGUCAUGAUUGCGGUUCCCCUCCGGAUCAUCGACCUAAACGCCAAGCUGUACCAGCCUUUCCACGCCCUCGCACAGAAAGGAGGUAUCGCAAUAAUCAGCCCCUACUACAACAUGGGUCGUCGCUCCCAGCCCCCGGAGAAAUCCAUACUCUUGACUCGUCCAACGAACGGCUUCUACGGACUCUACGCGGCGAUAUUGGAGAGCAACAUCAUUCUUAUGCUGGCAGCUUUCAUGUCCAUCCUUGCCGAAUUCCUGCCGAUUCUCUUCGCAAACGUGCCAUACAACCUGACGCAGACUCUGAAAUCCCACAAUGUCUGCGCGACCAUCAGCCUUACGAUUCUUGCGCUCAUGUUGGCCUCCAUGGUGGCAAGCCUAUUCAUCAAAUGGCCCGAGCUGCCAGUCGAUCCGCGCAGUAUCGCCGGAGCGUUGUACUACGUUGCAGAGAGUCGGAUGCUGGAGGACUUCGAGGGACUUUCGAAGCUGGACUCUGAAGAGAGGGAGAAGAAAGUCAAGGAGCUUGGGCGGAGGUACUUUUACGGAGGCCUCACGGGUAGUAAUGGUAAAAGAAUGGGCGUUGAGUCAGUCGAGAGUGUUGAGGACACAGCAUAUACAGGCGGUCACUGGUUCUUACCUCCACAAGAAGAUCAACAGGGUGAUGAAGACAAUCGCGGGGGGGAGGUGCAGCAAUCUGAGUCUCCUCAUCAACCCGAGCAGACUCUGCGGUUGGAAAGAAGGAAGGAGGUUAAUCAAGGGGAGGACAUCGAUCGAGGAGCCGUGCUACCAGAACGCGCACGGCCUCUAGAGGCGAAGCAGGGUUCUGAAGGAUUCAGUUGA